AUGUGGAGCAAAGAGACAAGAGGAAGGGGGGUCAGCAUUUACUCUAUAGCAGUUAAUAGUGGCUUAGCCCUAGGUUCUAUAAUCGGAGCAGCACUUAUAAUACAGCCAAAUCUUUGGUGGCGCUGGACUGCAUAUAUCCACACUGCUAAUCCGCCUUGUCACAAGAUUCUGCCAUACACUACUUCUGUUUUUGUUAAAUGUGGAGUCAAUAUUAUCUUCCUGCAGUACGUGAAAUUCUUGAUUGACUUAUACAAGACGCACGCUGCUAGUGCGACGGCGCCUACGACUUUUCUUCGGAGUUUGAUGGCUGCUAGCCUCCCGUUGGCAGCCAGACCAAUGAUUCGAGCUUUAGGUGUUAGGCCUAUUGUCUCGACUAUUGCUGCUGUAGCAACUGCUUUACAGCCUGUGCCCUUCUUGUUCCUGAGAUAUGGCACCAGCAUCAUAAUAUAUCGACGGUUGCGCCUGAUGAUUUAUGAUUCACUAGUCUUUAAUUUGGAUUUUAUUGAUAGCGUGCCUGUCGUCUAG